GCAUCGGCUCCGACCCUAGCUCAAGGUCCGGCUCUAUCUCCAGUCUCGACACCGACUCCAGCAUGGGCUCCAGCUCCAAUUUUGACACUGGCUCCGGCUGCCAUAGAAAAUUCAUUGGAAAAAGAAGGACAAGAAGAGUUAUCACCAUCACGAUCUGCACCAUCGUCAAAAAAGUCUAAGGCUAAUAAGGAAAAAAAAAGAAAGGGUAGUGAAGUAGCCGCAUCGGCUCCUAAGAAGCCUAAGAAAAAAAUUAUUUGGACAAAUUACCUUCAUAACCUAUUCCUCCUAGCCAUAAGGCACAUUGGAAUACAUAAGGCGGUGCCAAAGAAAAUUCUUGAGGUGAUGAAUGUGCCUAACUUGACUAGGGAAAAUGUUGCCAGUCACUUGCAGAAAUACCGAAUAUUUCUGAGAAAAAUUGCAGAGAAAGGGAUAAUUGCAGGAAUAUCUGAUAGAACACUAAGGUCAAGGUUCGCUGCUGAGCUUCCAAUUAAGAUGAUCAGAGCGUUACAAGCCUUAUAUGAGAAGCUUAAAAAUAAUAAUAAUUUUGGAACCCCCUUACCCAUUUCAUUGAUCCAAGCUCUCCUUGAUUACCAUCACCCUUACAACCCUAAUUUUCCUUACCUCAUUCCAACCAAUAAUAACACAGCCUUGAACCAAGUCAUGAGUCUUGGAGUUGCACCCCAAUUCCUUGGACCAAAAGCUCCUAUUGGUAAUGCCAACAACAACACUAUGAUCCACCAUCAGCUUCCAAUUUAUGCUCCAUAUGAUCCACUAUGA